AUGGACUAUGGAAAUAAAGAGCUUAUCGAGAAAACAAAUUGGUCUGCGAAUAAGAUCGGCAACUGGUUUGUUCAACGACGACUUUGGAAUGGACCGCUCAAGGAAACCGUAACAGAGCCGAUUCUAGAGAACUUGUUCCAGAAACAUCAAUUUCUAGGAAGACAAUAA